AUGAGUGACUUUCAAGAUGAGGGUAUUGCCAUUGUUGGAAUGGGCAAGUCGUUCUCUUGUUCCUCUCUCUUGUUGUUCCCUUUGCUCUUCCGCUAUUCUAGAGCCCCCGUCUCACUUUCCACGCCUAGUGUCCAACUCCAACUAACACUUCUCUUUCCAUCAGCAUGUCGACUUCCCGGGGAUGUUCAAGACCCCCAAUCUUUCUGGGAUCUUUUGAUAAGCCAGAAGCUCGCCCGCGGCCCUUUCCCAGCUAACCGUUUCAACGCCGAUGCCUUCUACAAUCCCCAGAAGGGACGCCCGGGGAAUAUGCGGUACACGGAGGGUUAUUGCAUCUCCAAUAAACUGGAGGAUUUCGAUGGUGGGUUUUUUGGCAUGACUGCCUCGGAUAUUCUGUGCCUGGAUCCUCAGCAGCGUCAAUUGCUCGAGUGCUGCUUUGAAUGUCUUGAAUCCGGAGGCAUAACGCUCGAAGAUGUUUCCAGCACCAUGACUGGUGUUUAUGUGGGAAACUUUGCCAGUGACUAUGAGACACUUGCAUUCAAAGAACCUGAGAGGAUUGAAGGGUAUGGCCGUUCUGGGAAUGGGAAGGACGACAGUGAGCAACCUGUUACUAUGGACACAGCGUGUUCUUCGACGCUAUAUGCACUACACUUCGCGGUUCAAGCGCUCCGCAACGGUGAAAUUCCCGCGGCUUUUGUGGGUGGUGUCAACCUCAUACUCACUCUUGAGUAUCAUUUUGCUAUUGGUCAAAUCGGCGCUCUUUCCCCAACGGCGCAGUGUCAUGCAUUUGAUGCAUCCGCAGAUGGCUACUCCCGCGGAGAAGCUAUCAACGUUCUGUACCUGAAACGUGUGUCGGAUGCAAUUCGGGACGGCGAUCCUAUCCGUGGAGUUAUUCGAGGAUCCUCAUUAACUGCCAACGGCAAAAACAACGGAAUCACUCUCCCCAGUGCUCUUGCUCAAGAGCUGUCUAUCCGAAAGGCAUAUGAGCAUUCAGGGCCUCUUGACUAUAAUUCAGUUGGUUACGUGGAAUGCCACGGGACAGGAACUCCUGCAGGAGACCCGAUUGAGACAGUCGCCAUUGGUAAUGUGUUUGGAAGCCAUCGUGAGUGGCACGAGCCAUUAUACAUUGGGUCGACGAAGCCACAGGUAGGCCAUGGCGAAGCAUGCUCAGCAAUCACGAGUAUCAUGAAGGUAGUGUUAGCAAUGGAAAAUGGAAUUAUCCCUGGCACUAUCGGAGUCAAAAAGCUAAACCCGGCUUUGGAUCUCAAAGGAGGCGCUCUGGCCGUGGUCACCAAGAACAUUCCAUGGCCAGAAGGCAAGGCAAAACGUUCGUCAGUCAACUCCUCCGGAUAUGGCGGUGCCAACGGACAUGUUGUCAUCGACGGUGUUGAUGAGUAUUUCAAGAGCAUGGGUCUCUCUAACCCGUACAACAUGGCUCCGGAAUUCAACCCUUAUAGCACGAUUCUUCAGAAGAAGUUCCUGCUGCCGGUUAUGGGGCAUGAUGAGUACUCUAUGCAAAGGUUGCUGAAAAUUGUGACUUUGGUGUUCGGUAGUCAGACUCACGACUUCCAUGAGCUUCUGUAUACCAUGAUUGCUCGACGGACGCGAUUCUCUCACCGUGCCAUGAUCCCAGUGGAAAUCAGCGACAAAAAGGGAUUGACAAUCGGGGACCCAAUAACUGGUCGUACGAACAACAGCGUCCCGAUUGUAGCCUUUGUAUUCACGGGACAAGGUGCUCAAUGGGCAGAGAUGGGCCGUCAGUUGUUGGACUGUUACCCAUCAGUGCGAAAAACGUUCAAGAAUCUCAAUCUCGCACUUUCCCACUUGGAACAGCGACCAACAUGGACACUUGAAGAGAUUCUGCUAGAGCCUGCGGAGACUAGCAAGAUUGGUGAAGUUUCCUUCUCCCAGCCUAUCUGCACCGCCAUUCAGAUUUCCAUCGUCAAUCUGCUACGCGAAUGGGGGGUCAAACCAGAAGCUACCAUCGGCCAUUCAUCUGGUGAACUUGCCGCAGCCUAUGCAGCAAAACUAAUUACUGCAGAAGAUGCUAUAAUUGCUGCCUAUCUGAGAGGUGUGCAUGCGACGCUCACUCAAGCCCCAGGAACCAUGAUCGCCGUAGCACUUAGUGCGAGCGAGGCGGAGAAGAUCCUCGCUGAGAAUGAUAUAUCGCCAGAUGACGCCGUUAUCGCCUGCAUCAACUCGCCUGAGAGUGUCACUUUGAGUGGCAAGUCCGAGCCUAUGGAUGUUAUUCAUGGAAUUUUGAAACAACGUUCAAUCUUGUGCAAGAGAUUGCCUACUGGUGGGAAGGCUUACCAUUCUCCAAUCAUGAAAGAGGUUGGAUCAGACUACAGUGAAGCUAUUCUAGAGGCUACAGCUCGCUCUAGCAAUGGUGCCCUGGCACUUGGAAAUGGAGACGACAAGGGACAGAGACCCGUGAUGGUGUCGUCGGUGACUCUGGAGCAGCUUCAGCCAGGGGACAUUAAUGGAAGCUACUGGCAGAAGAAUUUGGAGAGUCCUGUUCUUUUUGAUCCCGCUAUGAAGCACCUUCUCAGUCUUCAAUUUGGCCCAGAGGAACGCCACGUUGACUGCCUCAUUGAAAUAGGGCCUCAUAGUGCGCUCAAAGGUCCUAUUCGCCAGAUUAUUGCUUCGGCUGAAGUUGAAAAUAUUUGGAAUGUGAGCCUGGGAAUUGCUCCCAAGGUGACAUAUGACCAGACCCUGGAGCGUGGACACGAUGCCGAAGAUGACAUGCUGCGACUUGCAACUAGCCUCUUUAUAAAGGGCUACCCACUCAAUCUACUUCAAGUCAAUGGCCAUACCACCUACCGUCCCUCCAAGAUCAUCCUUGAUCUUCCCAAGUACCCCUGGAACCACGAGACUCCGCAGCCAUUGAUCGUCAAUCGCUCUACUCAGGACUAUAAAUUUGCCACUCAUCCACGUCACGAUUUGAUUGGUAGUCGGCUACCAGGAGGAAACCGCAUGGAGCCUAUCUGGAGAAAUUACCUUCGCCUGGAUGAUGUACCCUGGAUCAAAGACCAUGUGAUUGGAAGCACCAUCAUCGUACCUGGUGCAGCAUAUCUUGCCAUGGCUGUUGAAGCAGCAGCCCAGUUUGCCGAAGAUACCAUGCUUGGCGGUCCACCAUUUGACUUCGAGGAUGCAAGGUUUCAUCUUCACACUGUGACGAUAAAAGCAGCGCUUGUUCUUCCAGCCAGUGGCACUGCCGAUAUCAUGAUUAACCUACGUCCCACUGAUGCCUCCGUAACGUCCAACAGAUUUGAGUUCAAAAUCUGCUCAGUGGCGGAUGAACGAUGGAUUGAGCACGCGCAAGGUAUUGUUGCAUUCGAAAUGACUCACGGAAAGAGGACAAACAAGAUCCCCUUCAACAAUGAGACCGAGGAACCCAUUUUUGAGCAGAAGUUUGGCAAAGAUACCUGGUAUGAGCGACUCAAGUACCGCGGCUUCGAUUUUGGCCCUCUGUUCCGCAUUAUCGAUGAGAUUGAAGUCCUGCCCCAUGCUUCCCGUGCUCGUGCAAAAGCGCCUAUACUCAAGACAGCCGAGAAAACUACGCUAUAUGAGUCUCGAUAUGCGAUCCACCCUUUGACUAUCGAUGCCGUACUCCAAGGGCGUGUAGCUUCCGUAUACACCAGCCGCGCAGACCAAGAGGCAGCCACCCAGAUCCCCGUUUUUAUUGAUGAGAUGACAAUUAGCCCAUCUUCAUGGGCGAGGAACCAGACAGGCACCAUCGACAGUGUUGCGUGGACUGAGGGUGCCCGCAGCGGCGGCUCCCACUCAACCCUGACUACAGAUAGCGGCUAUGAGAUUAUUUCGGCGCGCAAUGUCAAAUGGCGGCAAUUCGAGAACCAGGGAAGCCAGGAAAAAAUGAACAAGGAAGCCACACGUGAGCCAUAUUACCGCUUACAGUGGAAGCCAGACAUAGAUUUCCUGGACACGGAUGGGGCACACAGCCUGUACCACAGUGAUUUCCACUCGCGAGCUGGAGCAGCGUAUCUGGAUGAGGUCUACAAUAUUCGCACGCGACUGGAGACGGUGACAGUCCUGUACAUCUGUGGCGGCCUGGACAUGUUCCAUCAGGAUGACCUUCCCACAGAUCCAUCCUUAAAGUGGGUUCACGGGUUUUACAACUGGAUGUGCCACGUGAAGACCGAAGCGACAGCGGGACGCAUGCGUCUGUGUGAGAGAAACGCUACGAGUCUGAAUUUCCAGCAACGAGAACAGCGCAUCGCGCAGCUUCUCUUGGAGUUACCGGAGGACUUCCCCCAGCUCGAGUUCAACGCCAUAAUUUAUGACAACAUGGUUGACAUACUCACUGGCAGGGUGGCCGGCAUCGACUUGGCUGUAAAAGCAGAGAUACUGGCACGAGUGUAUGCGGACGGGUCAAUCCACGAUGCGGCACGCAAAAACCUAUCGUCGGUGGUGGAUAUACUGGCCCACAAGAAUCCCACGAUGCGUGUGUUGGAAGUUGGCGCCGGUACAGGCAGCUGCACUAGCAUUGCGCUAGAUGUGCUCAACAUCUACGAUCGUGAUAUGCCUGGCCAUCAUGCCAAACGCUAUCAUGACUACACCUUCACCGAUAUUUCACCGGCGUUUUUCGAGAAGGCCGAGGAAUUGUUCAGCGCGUAUCCUCCUAUGAAUUACAAAACAUUCGACUUGUCGGUAGAUGCCGCUGAGCAGGGCUUCGAACUUGGCGAGUACGACCUUAUCCUCGCUUCUAAUGUAAUGCACGCUCCAGGAAACACGGAUAAACUACUUCAGAACUGCAGUCGCCUACUCAAGCCAGGCGGCAAGCUUGUGAUGCUGGAAAUAACACAAACAGGCAGUCUUACCCCCGUUCAGUUUGCCUUCGGUACGCUGCCCAGUUUCUGGGAAUGUCUUGACGAUAAAGAUGCGGACCGGGUGCUGGGGCCCUUCCGUACUCUGCAGUCAUGGGAGCAACAGCUCAAAAUAUCAGGCUUCACGGGUUUAGACAUGGUUUUAACAGACUUUCCUGAGCCAUUGGCCCUGGAGAGUGUCAUGGUUGCCAGCAGCAUCAAAGAGCCUUUGAGCAGCAAUGGGAAAGGUAUUAGCCGUGUUGCUAUUAUCCAUUCAACAGCACAAUACGAGCUGGCCCGAGACAUCGAGGAUGAGAUUACGAUGCGCUGUAGCCUCCCCCAAAGUUCCAUCGCACACUGGUCCCUUGAAUCCAUGCCUUCAAUCGAACUGGUCGAUGAAGGUGAAGUCACAUAUAUUGUGCUUGAAGAGAUGCAGAACUCCGUGCUUGUGGACAUGCGGCCGGAGCAGUUUGACGGGUUAAAGAAACUCGUCUCGUCAGCGUCAAGUAUCCUGUGGGUUACUGGAGGCGACUUGACAGUUGGCAAAAACCCGAUACUAGCAAUGGCCCAUGGAAUCAACACCGUCCUUAUGAACGAAAACUCGACCCGAAACCUCAAAUUUGCGACUUUUGAUAUCGACUAUACAAGCGCAGUUCAGCCGUUUGAUCUCGCUAAGCCUAUUACAGAUGUCUGGACGACAGUUGCCACAGCCGCAAACAGAGCGACGUGUGAGACAGACUUCAUUCUCAAGGAUGGCGUCAUUUAUAUCAGUCGUGUCGUCCCCGAUAUGGAACUGAACGAGGAGUUCACUCUAGACACGGGAACAGGGAGAGACGAGCAAGAUUUCCCAGUUUUUGGUAAUGUCCAGCUGGCACUCGAAACUCCAGGUCUUUUGGAUACUGUGUAUUUCCGAGAGAGACCAACAUGUGACAUUGCCCUUGGGGUUGAUGAGGUUGAGAUUGAGGUGAAGGCUGUGGGAUUGAAUAUGAAGGACUAUGUCAUUGCAAUGGGUAACUUUGAAAGUGUCACGUCAAGCAACGAGGGCACUGGGAUUAUUUCUAGGGUUGGAGAGAACGUCACUCACCUCCAGCCUGGGGACAAGGUCAUCUGCCUGGAGCGCGGCUACUAUGACACGUUCCUUCGCAGCCCGGUACACAAGUGCCUGAAGCUCGACGACAAUGCUGAUCUUGUGGAGAUGGCUACCGUUGGAAUCGCGCAUGGAACUGCAAUAUAUGCGCUAGACUAUCUGGCACAUUUGGAAGCCAACGAAACAGUGCUGAUUCAGGCCGCCACCGGUGGUUUGGGUCUCGCGGCCAUCCAAUAUGCCAAGUACGUGGGAGCCGAAAUCUACGCCACAGUGGGAACACAGCCAAAGAAGGACUAUCUCAUCUCUGAGUGCGGAAUCUCGGCCGAUCAUAUCUUCUGGUCCCGGACUCUGGAGUUCAAGGAUGAACUACUCAAACAAACACGAGGCCGCGGUGUCGACGUUGUCCUUUCAACCAUCUCUGGUCCCGGAUUCCACGAGAGCUUAAGAUGCCUAGCUCCAUGUGGAAGGCUUAUUGAUGUUGGGCGUGGAAAUGUCCUGGACAAGGGAAUAUGGGAUUGUAUGCUUUUGAUCGGAGCAUCAGCUUCUUUUCCUUUGACCUCAACUUUGUCCUGGAGGAGAAACCGAGGAUUGCUGAACGGCAAGAAUCCCAGUCAUUAUCUCAGUUAUAACGCAUCGAAGUCACUAAUAUGUGAAAACAGGCUUUUGACAUAUGCAGUAGAGCUCCUCCGAGAAGGCAAAAUCCACCCAAUUAGACUGGAUAACACAUUCCACAUCACCGAGAUGGAGAAGGCCCUUCGAUACUUUGGUCAGGGACAGCACAUUGGUAAGGUUGUGCUAACUUACGGCCCAACGUCGAACAAGGUCAAACUCAAGGGUGCUCGCCGACCUCGCGGCAUUAGCAGCAGCAACAGCUAUGUGCUCGCAGGGUGUCAUGGUGGGCUGGGCCACAGCAUGGCAGACGCCCUGAUUGAGCAUGGAGCCAAGAACCUUGUCUUCCUAGGUAGAUCAAGCGAGAGCAAGGCAGAAAUCGCUACCUUCUGUAAGCGAGCACGGGGAAAUGGCGUCAAUAUAGUGACUAUCCAAGGUGACGUCUCCAAGAUGGAAGAUGUUGAGCGAGCUGUGGCUCAGGCCAUCUCAAUGGGCCCACUGAAAGGAGUCGUACAUGCAGCUAUGGUGCUACAGGAUGCUUUCUUUGACUCCAUGACUCUGGAACAAUUCAACGCUGCCGUUCGUCCCAAGGUAAACGGCGCCCUAAAUCUCCACAAUGCCACCAUUAAUGUCAACGCGGAUCUUGAUUUCUUCUUCAUGACGAGCUCAACAGUCACAUACGUUGGCCACAUCUCGCAGUCCAACUACGCAGCAUCCAACGCGGUGCUGGACAACCUAGCACGGCAGCGCAUCCACAGUGGCCUACCAGCAGCGACAAUCUCACUGGGGCCGAUCAAAGGCGUGGGCACGCUGAACCGCAAGCCCGAGUAUGCCGAGAACCUGUUGCGGUCGGGACUGAUUGAAGCCGAAGAGUCGGAGUUUAUCCGGCACUUUAACCGCUUCACGCACCCGCAGCAUGAGUCAAGACACUUCGACAUCCUCACGCAGGGUCAUAUUCUCACUGGCGUCGAGUACUCCAAACACGAUCUCAGCCUGGUGCAGGUCACACGCAUAGAGCAAGAUCGCCGCUCAGCGCUGCUGGUCACAACCCUCGAGUCGCGCAAAGCUGCCGGCAGCAGCGGCGGCGUGAUAGCCGAUGCCAAUGGCGAUGACCUGCUGAUAUCUGACAUCCCCGACGACCGCGACAAGGCGGUUAUCGUGUUGGCAGAUGCUGUUGCACAGCGGCUGGCCAAGCUCAUGUUCAUCCCCAUUGAGGACAUCGAUAUCAGCCGGCCGUUCUCGCACUUUGGUCUCGAUAGCAUGUCCGGCAGCGAGCUGAUCCAUUGGCUGAGCCAGAAGUUUGGUGUUGGUAUGUCAUUUUUGCAACUUCUGGCUCCCUCGUGCACGCCAAAGAGUCUAGCAGGGACUAUCUUCAAUACCCUUAAGACAAAGGCCGCUGCGGCAGAUACUGCAGUACCAACUGCUAACGUAGAUGGCAUGACUCACGAAACUUCAAACGGAUCUCUUGGGUCUAAUGGCGUGAACGGCUCCACCAGUGUAAAUGGUUCUAAUGGCGUGGAUAGCAGUUCGGCUGGAUCUCAGAUGGAAAUGUUCUCUCAGUCAGUAAGAAGAGCAAUUACCCAUUCAAAGCCGGUCAUGCAUUCUUAUGUGUGCUCAGUCGUCAACAACAAAGGUGAACAACUCUAUGCACUGUCCGAGGGCACACUAUCACAAGAUUCCAAUACCAAAGUUGGCUUUGAUGCGGUAUACGGAAUGGCUUCUCUCAGCAAACUCAUGACCACAGUCGCAAUCAUGAUUUGUGUUGAACGCGGCCAGAUCUCCCUCGAUGACGAUGUAGCUCCGGUCCUCCCAGAUCUGUGUGCUCUCCCCGUUCUGGAUGGUGUCGAUUCGGAGGGCCAAUGCUUGAUAAAGCCCCGGACGAAGACCAUUACACUUCGAUUGCUGAUGAGCCAUCAAAGCGGGUGUGGCUACCAUUCAAGUCCUCCACUUGCGAGAUGGGCGAAACAAAAUGGCAAGACUAACAGCGUCUUUGACAAUGACUUUGAAGUCAUGAAGACAUACCCACUCCUCUUUGAGCCCGGAGAGGGCUGGAUGUACGGCUCUGGCACCGACUGGGCGGGUGAGGCUAUCGCGCGAAUCAACAAUACCACACUCGAGGAAUUCAUGAGAUCCAAUAUCUGGGAGCCACUAGGCAUGGCCUCGACGACCUUCCAUCCUGAGCUGCACUCAGGCAUGAUGGACCGCCUCAUCGCGAUGUACGAGCGCAAAGACGGCCAAGGUCUAGAGCGCGGUGCCUGGCUCUCACGCAUCCCAGCUCAGCAUGACUGCGGUGGCCACGGUCUGUGGUCAACACCGCGUGACUGGACGAAGUUCCUCAGCAUGGUGCUCGCGGACGGUGGAUCCAUCCUCUCAAAAGCCAGUAUCGAUGAGAUCUUCAAACCGCAGACCAUUGGGUCGAGUGGCCUUCAGGAGCUGCUGACGGGCCCGCUCCGCGCCUCCCUACGCUCUACGGUUGACAUGGAUGCCGGUCGCAUUGAGAUGGCGCUAGGCGGCCCACUGUAUAUGGAUGCCAUUCCUGGGAAACGCUCUGCAGGUACGCUGCAAUGGGCCGGUCGGCCAAAUCUUUUCUGGUGGAUUGACCGGGCCAAGGGUGUAGCGGCCGCAACAUUUACACAGGUUAUAUCACAGGCUGAUGCCAGAUUCGAGGAGUUGACCAGCGAGUUUGAAAUGGCGGUAUAUGCAGAGUUCACUUAA